AUGCCUCGUUUGAUUGAACUUGAUCUUUCAUUCAAUACAAUUGAUCAUUUGGCUGAAGAUGCAUUUUCAAAAUGUCCUAAAUUACGCCAACUCGAUCUAUCUGGCAAUUAUUUGACAAAUUUCAAUGGUGCACUUCAACAGUUACAAAAUCUUAAACGUCUCAAUUCAAGUUUUAAUAUGAUCCAGUUACUUCAAUGGGAUGAAUUCCCGAUAACAAUGACACAUCUUGAAAUGAGUAAUAAUCAAAUUACUCUAUUAAGUAAUACUCGACGAUCAAGAAUACGUCAUGUACAGUUACAACGAAAUCGUAUUAUGGCUUUAACGGAUGAGCAAAUUCCAAAUACAGUGGAAUAUCUAAAUUUAAGUGAUAAUUUAAUCCAUACAAUUGGUAAUGGUACUUUUCGAAAUAAACAAUUCCUAAGCAGUUUGGAUUUACGAAAAAAUCAAUUAUCCAGCUUAGAAAUAGCAGCUUUUAUGGUGGAUACUUUAACAACCGGUCAUCCGAUAAGACUAUCUGUAGCUGAUAAUCCAUUAGAUUGUAGCUGUGAAAUGGAUUGGAUUCGCAACAAUAAAGAAGAAAAAUCUCUUAUCAAUAUCGUUGAUGAUAAUCGCGCUGCUUGCUUACAUCGAAUUCAUAAUCGACGAAUUUUAUUAUCGGAAGUUAACAAGGAUGAUUUACUAUGCAACUAUAAACAAGUUUGUGAGCCCAAUUGCAUUUGCUGUCAGUAUGGUAAUUGUGAUUGCAAAUCGAAAUGUCCCGAUGGUUGUCACUGUUAUUAUGAUGUCACAUAUACCAUAAAUAUUGUACGCUGUUUGGCACUGGAACCAGAGGAUCGUAAAAACUUCUCACCAAAAGAUAUACCAAUGUAUGCUACACAUAUUUACCUGGAGCAUAUGGAGAUUCCUGUUGUUCGAAGUCAUGAUUUUCUGGGACGUACACGUCUUCUUCAUCUCCAUCUUAAUCACUCAUCAAUACGGGAAAUACAACCUUUAGCAUUCAAUACAUUACCUUCGUUACAGCUAUUGGAUCUUUCCGGAAAUUAUCUGAUGCGAUUGACAGGUGAUGAACUGUACCGAACGAACAAAAUAACAACCUUAUUGCUCCAUAACAAUCAUUUAAUGUCACUCGGUGAUCGACUCAACGAAGUGAUGCCACAACUAAAGACCAUUACCUUGCAUAAUAAUAAGCUACAGGAUUUACCGUUAUCCAUUGAGCAAUAUGGAAAACAAAUCACGGAUAUCACAUUAGGGUCCAAUUUAUUCCGCUGUGAUUGCUCACCACGUUUUCGUAUACAAUACUGGUUCUCAUCUAAUUUAGAUAUGAUACAUGAUGUAUCAGACAUUUUUUGUGUUGAAAAUAUUAGUCAUGCAGUUCGAGAGAAUGAUACGACAAUUCUUAGUGCUUAUCCUCCAAAUUUCGGUGACGAUAUCUUCAAAAUACCAAUGACACAGUUUAUCGCUACUGCUAAUACGACCAUUUGUGCACCUACCGCAAGCGGCGUAUUUGGUACCGAGGGGACUACAAAUUCAUUCCUCAUUAUUACGGCAUUGCUUGCCGUAGCGUUAAUAACGAUUGGUUUGAUAUGCUUGGCUGUAUUAUUCCUUCGAAAGACAAAAUCAGUGAUAGUUCAACGAAGGUAUAAGGUACCACCAUCAUUUACAGGUACACAUACUACACCUGGUUCCAGUCCAUUACCACUCAUCCAUUUCGAUGCUUUCAUUAGCUAUUCGAAGAAGGAUGAAAAACUUAUCAUCGAUACCUUAUACAGGCAAUUGGAAUCUGAGGAAUAUAUUUUAUGUCUAUUACAUAGAGAUAGUCCAAACUAUAGUUCUCGAGUUCAUACAAUAUCCGAUGAACUUAUCAAUCAAAUGGAAUGUGCGCAAUCUCUUAUACUUGUUCUAACUCAACAUUUCUUGAAUAAUGAAUGGAAAACAUUACAGAUUAAAACAUCUCAUCAAAUUUUCGCUAAAAAUCGUCACAAAAAAUUAAUUGCAUUACUCGGUGAUGGUAUUGAACCAAAUCAGUUAGAUGCUGAAUUAGGUCAAAUUUUACGCAAAAAUACGUGUAUUCGAAUGAACGAUCCGUUAUUUUGGAAUCUGCUACAUUCAGCUUUACCUGUCCGGAUAGCACCAUCAUCCUGUAGCGGUGGCUCAUCACAAAUUUAUUCCGAUUGUUACGGUAGUAUUGUGCCUAGUGAUAUUGUUUAA